ACUUUCCAUAAGAUUUUUUUGAAGGUUUGUUUCGCACUAUUUUGUGUCCACACCUUCCGCGUAGUUAGUAGAGCUGUGUUUUACUAUAUUACAGUUGAAAUCAUGUCACCUAGCGGUAAGCGCGCGAUCAUCGCUUUGGUGUCUUUUAUGUCCGGGCUGUUUAUUUCUCAACUUAUCGGAAACGGCUACCCGAUCUUGGGUACAACAGCACCGGGCUGCCCUUUGAAGCUGAGAGUGGUGGGGAACUGUUCUUGCAUCGAUCUGCAGUCUCAACUGGCCAAGUGUCGGAGUCGCAAAUUCGUCACAAAGUUUGAAGCCAGCCAUGUUCCCAUGAAAAAGACGUUCAAGACAACAAAUGAUAGCCCCAGGAAGUUUUUCCUCGACUGUGGCGCAAAUGUUGCCUCCAGUGUUCAACUCUUCAGAGAGACGUAUCCUAACGGCCAUGAAUAUGUCAUUCACUCCUUUGAGCUGGACGAACGGCUGGCUCCGUAUUUCGCCCCAUAUCCUGACCACGUGUUGCACUGCCCAGUGGCUGUCUCGGACAACGACGGCACAAUGACGGCAUUUUCGGAGUCUGCCUGGGCUCCUGAUAAAGGGAAGAACAACAACAAAGACAUGCAGUGGGGAGGGGGGACACUCUACGUGGACGAAAAGGAGAAAAAAGACACUGCUUCUGGAGGAAUAAGAAAGCUGUCCCACCGCAAGACCGUACCGACAGUUGAUUUGUCACAGUGGAUACAGCGGAACUUUGCAAUAGACGACCACAUAAUUUUCAAGCUGGACGUGGAGGGAGCAGAAUACACCAUACUGAAGAAAAUGCUGCAAGAAGACACAUUUCGCUGGAUUGAUAAGUUUUACGGGGAGUUUCAUCCAGGUCAACCGACUGGAUGGAGUAAAGAGCAAAAGAGCAAAUUGAUGGAGGAUCUGAAGAAAAACAAAAUAAAACAAGAGAGUUGGGCGGCAGAGACGCAGACGUACGGAGAUAUGGACAAACUGCACACAUCAAAGGUCCCAGCCGAGACUCCGGGGACUGCAGGUAAUGUCUACACCUCCUGCGGGCCCAGCAACUCGUCCGUUCCCGCCCGGGUAGCCCUGGUAGUGCAGGUCGGCAUGAACGCCAAGAUGGCCCACAGGCUGAUCGACACCAUCCAAGCUCACACAUCGCACAUCCCUCUCAGUUUGUUUGUGCACGGCGACUUUGCAGAGCUGUUUCCAGAUAUGGUGCUGCACUGGUCCAUCAACCACACCAUCGGAGUCCGAGAGGGACACCCUUACCCACCCGGACACUUCGACAUGGUACAUCCCAACUGGAUUCGCACCAACCUCAUCAUGAGUGUCCUGAGGUUACAGGAACUUGACAUUCAGCCAGCCUACUACCUACCGGUUAAAGUCAACGACCAAAUGAAAGAUGUUGCUAAAAAAACGGACCUACGAAUUGUACAGCCGACUGUCGCAUUUCCACCUGCAUCAGGCACUCUCCUGACGUACGACAACUACUACCGCUUCAGAGACGUGGAACGUGUUCCCAAGGCGUUACGGAUCAUCAGUAGCGCCCUGGGAAAAACAGGGGGAAUCCUGGUCCUGGACUCAGACCAUCCGGACAGCUACAUGAACUCCGUGUUCCUCCUGGACUAUCUGGUGGAGAAUUCCGGAUUCCAGUUAGUUAGGAUAGAAGACUGCAUUGCGGGAGUAUGAGUCUUAUUUCUCGCAACUAAAAUGUUUCAGCUGACAAAUGGUACUAUUGUUAACAAUAGACGCAGAAAAAGAUUCGUUAUUGACUCAACAAAAAGUAUAGGGAUUUUUGUAUGGUCUUCUACAACUAAAGAUCUAAGAAAGCUAAAUACAUUGUAUGAAUAACGUCAUCCUAUGUACAGAAUAACGUCAUCCUAUGUACAGAAUAUAUGUAUGCGGCAAAUGAGUAGCAUGUUUGUCAACUUGAAUUGGAGUCUGACAUUGUUGACCAGGUUAAGAGCACGCUGACAAGCUCCAUUUGUUCACACGUUGUGUCGAGAGGUGACAUUGUUGACAAGUUUUAAGAGCACACUGACACGUUUUCUUUGGUCACACAUGAUGUGUAAAUAAAGGUCAUGUCGGUAUGUCAGCCCUGAAAAAUUACUUACCGUUUCAUUGUGAAUGUUAAAGGUUUACUUACUUUUGCUCCGAACAUGUCGCUGGGUUCACUCCAAACGUGAAAAAAUUCAGUAAAUUUAUAUUCGGAAUUUUUAAAAAAUAGCAGCAUAGAGUAUAGAUAUUUUGAGCGACAGUUUCACAAUAUUGCAUAAUUGUCCAACUGCUCUCAACAUUCAAUACAAGACAUCAAAUUACAUUACAUUAAGUAUUGCACUUUGUGAUUAUAGUUUCAUCUUUUAAAUUUCGAAUAACAUUGUAUUAUGAUCACAAUUUUACAUAAUACAUGUAUUUUACAUAAUGCAUGCUCCGAAGAUGUCGCUGGGUUCACUACAACUGAAAAAGUACACACCCUAUUGUGACGCUCUUCUUCCUUUAUAAGAGUCAGAUA